AUGCUGAGUAGAAAGAACACGGGACAGUUGUCAGCACUGUGUACAAGACAUGAUCAUUUAAUAAGAGAUUUUGAGAACGUGAGAAUUGAAGUAUUAACGUCACCAGUAAGGACAUCAGCGAUGUUAGCAAAUUUUACUGUGAAACUGACACUCAGGGAUAGAAUAGUAGCUGCUCAGAAAGAUGAUCCCUUUUUGGAAAAGAUCAAGGUUGAUGUGGGAAUUAAGAAGAGGAAAGGAUUUGAAAUAGCCAAAGACAAAGCCUUGAUAUUUAAAGGUCAAAUGUGCGUGCUGAAGGAUGAAGUGUUGAAGAAUGAAAUUAUGACUGAGGCUCACUCAACUCCUUAUGCUGCACACCCAGGUGAUGCUAAACAUCAGAGGCCAUCGAGGCCGUUGAACCCCAUAGACAUACUUGAAUGGAAGUGGGUAAAGAUUGCAAUGGAUUUUAUCAUUGGUUUUCCUAGAUCAGAGAGAGGUCAUGAUGCGAUUUGGGUGACUGUGGAUAGACUUAUGAAUUCUGCUCAUUUCUUUCCAGUUUGGACAACCUAUAGCUUAGAAUAG